UUUUUUUGCAUUCAGGAAAACAUUUCAAAAUUGCUUUAGUGUAUAAAAUUAAAUGUAUUUCAACUUCGAUUCUGGUACGAAUAAUGGAUAUGACGAUAAUUUCGAUCCAUUCCUUUUACGCUCUUCGAACACAGAGGAUCUAAAUUGUACGCUUCCGGAUAUUCUAGAGUUUCCAAAUUUUAUGAGAAAAAAGAGCAUAUUGUAUACUGUAAUAUGCAUUCUUCUCAGUGUAUAUCUGUUUAUAAUGCUGGCCAUCGUUUGUGAUGAUUACUUAGUGCCUGCCAUGGAGCGUUUAUGCUACACCUUACGAAUGUCCUAUGAUGUGGCAGGUGCAACAUUUUUGGCCGCAGCCACCUCAGCACCGGAACUUUUUGUCGCCUUUGUGGGCACAUUUAUCACCCAAGGCGACAUUGGUGUUGGCACUAUUGUUGGUUCAUCGGUAUUCAAUGUGCUGGGUAUUGCUGCUAUCUGUGGCAUCUUUACAGGCGUAGCUACCAAAAUGGACUGGUGGCCCAUUACGCGAGAUACUUUCUGGUACUUGGUAUCUAUAUUAUUACUCUUCGGUGUGCUCUACGAUUCGAAAAUAACUAUCUAUGAAGCCGCUGGCUUAUUGUUGUUCUAUGUUAUUUAUACAAUUGCCUUGGCCUGUGAUCGUAAAAUACAGGGAAUAUUUCGAACCGUGGAUAACGAUCGUGAUAUACUGUCGGAAGAUCCGAUGAAACGUGAGGAAGACCCGCUUAAGUCAUUUAAGGAGACUGUGUGCUGUAGACCGGAGCCAGAUGAUUCAAUAAUACAGAAAAUCUGGUGGGUUAUCAAAUACCCAGCCGUUGUAGUGCUGGCCAUAACAACGCCCAGUGCUCGCUCAAUACUCGCGUUGAGUAUGUUGCUGGCGGUGUUAUGGAUCAGCAUUAUAUCGUACUUUGUUACUUGGUUUCUCACCAUUAUUGGCUAUAACGUUGGCAUACCCGAUUCAAUAAUGGGUCUUACCUUUCUUGCCGCUGGCACCAGUGUACCCGAAAUUGUUUCCUCCUUCAUAGUAUGCCGAAAAGGUUACGGCUCUAUGGCAAUGUGCAAUGCGAUCGGAUCCAACACCUUCGAUAUAUUCGUAUGCCUGGGACUGCCUUGGACAAUUAUGAUACUCGUAACAAGCAAAGAUAUAUCCAUGAACUCAUCGGGAAUGACCAUUACGGCGGGAAUGCUGAUUGUCACCGCACUCAUUGUCUAUGCCUGCUUCCUGAUAACUAAAUAUACGCUCGACAAAUUUGUGGGCUGGACCAGUUUGAUCGUGUAUAUUAUCUUUUUGGUCAUUUCAUGCUAUAUCGAAAUACGGAUGCUCAAAACAGUUUGUGACAUUGAAUCCGACGAGUAUUCUGAAUACAUGAACAAGUAGUUCAAAUGAAGUCAUCCAUUGUUGAAUCCAAAAUUCCCGCUGUGCAAAUUAAAAAACAUAAUUUUCAACAAAA